AGAAGCCCCGGGUAGCGAGCGCCUCCUGGCCACGCUGAGCCGGCUUCGGGCGCUCCGCACGCCGGUCUCCUCCUCUUCCUGUGCUGGUUACUAUGGCGGCUGUGAAGACCCUGAACCCCAAGGCCGAGGUGGCCCGAGCCCAGGCGGCGCUGGCGGUGAACAUCAGCGCGGCCCGGGGCCUGCAGGACGUGCUGAGGACCAACUUGGGGCCUAAGGGCACCAUGAAGAUGCUGGUUUCUGGUGCUGGAGACAUCAAGCUUACUAAAGAUGGCAAUGUGCUGCUUCAUGAAAUGCAAAUUCAGCACCCAACAGCCUCCUUGAUAGCCAAAGUAGCAACAGCCCAAGAUGACAUAACCGGUGAUGGUACCACUUCCAAUGUCCUAAUCAUUGGAGAGCUGCUGAAACAGGCGGAUCUCUACAUUUCUGAAGGUCUUCAUCCCAGAAUAAUAACAGAAGGAUUUGAAGCUGCAAAGGAAAAGGCACUUCAGUUUUUGGAACAAGUCAAAGUAAGCAAAGAAAUGGACAGAGAAACACUUAUAGAUGUAGCCAGAACAUCUCUACGUACUAAAGUGCAUGCUGAACUUGCUGAUGUCUUAACAGAGGCUGUAGUGGACUCCAUUUUGGCCAUUAAAAAACAAGAUGAACCUAUCGACCUCUUCAUGGUUGAGAUUAUGGAAAUGAAACAUAAAUCCGAAACUGAUACAAGCUUAAUCAGAGGUCUUGUUUUGGACCAUGGGGCACGACAUCCUGAUAUGAAAAAAAGAGUAGAAGAUGCGUACAUCCUCACGUGCAAUGUGUCAUUAGAAUAUGAAAAAACAGAAGUGAAUUCUGGGUUUUUUUACAAGAGUGCGGAAGAGAGAGAGAAACUUGUAAAAGCUGAAAGAAAAUUCAUUGAAGAUAGAGUUAAAAAAAUAAUAGAACUGAAAAAGAAAGUCUGUGGUGAUUCAGAUAAAGGAUUCGUUGUUAUUAAUCAAAAGGGAAUUGACCCCUUUUCCUUAGAUGCUCUUGCAAAAGAAGGUAUAGUAGCUCUGCGUAGAGCUAAAAGGAGAAAUAUGGAAAGGCUGACUCUUGCUUGCGGUGGAGUAGCUCUAAAUUCCUUUGAUGACCUAAAUCCUGAUUGUUUGGGACAUGCAGGGCUUGUCUAUGAAUAUACAUUGGGAGAAGAGAAAUUCACUUUUAUUGAGAAAUGUAACAAUCCUCGCUCUGUCACAUUAUUGAUCAAAGGACCAAAUAAGCACACACUCACACAGAUCAAAGAUGCAAUAAGAGAUGGCUUGAGGGCUGUUAAAAAUGCUAUUGAUGAUGGCUGUGUAGUUCCGGGUGCAGGUGCAGUGGAAGUGGCAAUGGCAGAAGCCCUGAUUAAGUACAAGCCCAGUGUAAAGGGCAGGGCCCAACUGGGAGUUCAAGCAUUUGCUGAUGCACUGCUCAUUAUUCCCAAGGUACUUGCUCAGAACUCUGGUUUUGACCUUCAGGAAACACUAGUUAAAGUUCAAGCAGAACAUUCAGAAUCAGGUCAACUUGUGGGUGUGGACUUGAACACAGGUGAGCCAAUGGUAGCAGCCGAAGCAGGCGUAUGGGAUAACUACUGUGUAAAGAAACAGCUUCUUCACUCCUGCACUGUGAUUGCCACCAACAUUCUCCUGGUUGAUGAGAUCAUGCGAGCUGGAAUGUCUUCUCUAAAAGGUUGAAUUGGAAGCCUCACUCGUGUCAUCCGAAUCAUGAAGACUCUACAGAAUGAUCCUAAGAAUAUAGCAACGGAAUUUUUGUCCAAGCUUCAAAUAAUUUUCAAAAGCAUUUUCUUUUCCCAUAUGAAAAAAAAGAGAACACUGACACUUAAAUUCUGAAGUUCUGAAAUUAUUAAUUACAGUAUUUUUUUAAAUUGCACUUCAAUGUACACACAUUAAACAGGCUGUUUUUACCCAAUGAAAAGGGUGUUUGCUUUAGCUUCAGUGAUAUAAAAGUACCAUGUUAGAUAAGUAUAUGUUAUCUACCUUGUUAUUAAAUGUUCCUGAAAAAACAAAUUAUAAUGGUUUACUAAUUUCUUCUAAUGGUUGUAUUUUAAUUUAUCCAAUAGUACACUGUUAACACUUGUAAGUUUUUAUGCUACUAUAAAUAUUUAAGUAACUUAAAAUUUUGAAAGCAUCCCUGUUUUAGUGUAAAUUCCUGAGUAAAACUAUUGGAUCAUUGGGACUUUUAAUGCUUUCAAAGUAGCUGUGCUAGAAUGCUCCCCAGAAAAGUUGUAGUGAACAGAAAGAUGAGUGAAGUAGAGGCAAGGGAGUUGAAUAAGCUCAAGUAUGAAGUGGGGGAAAUAGAAAUAGAGGAGGCAGAGGUUAAAAGACUUUUCAAGCAUGGGGGCUAAGGGAAAGGAGAGUUUCAGUGGACCAUGUUUUCAUACCCCUGCACCUUUGCUUAUGCUGAAAUAUCCAUCCCAGACUCUCCAGUGCCCUUUCUCCCACCUGUUUCCACAAAAUUGUUUUUAUAGUCGGUAUAUCUCUGCAGUCCUUGACCGUGAAGUUGUGUUUUGCAGUUUUGUAUUGUUGAGGACUUGGCAGUUGCGUACAAUGUGUGCAAUAAAUGUUAAGUUGAAA